CCGAUUAAUCCUGUACACGGCCGCACCAAAUAGUUCUACCCUUUCUUUCAACAAUUUUAACGGCGCUUCUUCCCUUCCUCGCUCCUCUUUCUCUCUCUCCCGAUCACGCCGAGACCCAGACCAAGACCCACUCUCUCAACCGGCUCUCUCCCUCUUUAGUCUCUACCCAACACUCAAUUUCGUAUAACCUAGCUGCUCUGGUCCUCAAAUUCUCUUCCUCUUCGACCCCCUACCCACCAAAACCCCACCCUCGCACCUAACCCUAAUUCGCUUCAUCUAACUCGGGGCAGCGGAAUCAAAGCUAGUUUAUAGUAGAUUGGUUUUUUGUUGCUAUUUUAGUUGAAAGGCUGUCGCUGAGGAUGAAUGUGCAACAAGCUGUACAACCAAAAUUAUCUGCUAAUGGUUUUGGCCGCCGAAGAGGUGAUAGAGAAGUAGGCACUAGGCUGGAGAAUAAGUUGCAGUCUGGGAAAUCAAAUCCCAGCCGAUCCACUAAUACAGGCACAAUGACUGGAAGUAAAUUUGGCGGUUAUGUUAGUCCUUCGCAUGACCGGAUGGAAUAUGUAACAACAUGUCUUAUUGGGCAUCAUGUGGAAGUACAAGUUAAAGAUGGAUCUAUAUACACUGGAAUAUUUCACACUAGAAACUCUGAAAAGGAUUUUGGCGUCAUCUUGAAAAUGGCACGCAUGAAAAAGGAUGGUUCUUUACGAGGGCAGAAGGCAACCACAGAAUCUGUUAGCAAGGCUCCUUCGGAGACUUUUAUUAUACCUGCCAAAGAGCUUGUACAAGUUUCUGCAAAGGGGGUGUCUGUAACAAGUGAUGAGUCAUUGCAUGAAGUACAACAUGAAAAACAGCAGGAGAUUUUGCUGGAUUCCUCCAUAUCACAAUCUCGACAUGUGGAGGUGGGGAGAGAACUUGCACCCUGGGUCCCUGAUGAAGAUGCCCCUCAAUGUCCUGAACUGGAAAAUAUAUUUGAUGGCCCUUGGAAUAGGGGCUGGGACCAGUUUGAAACCAACGAACAAUUAUUUGGAGUAAGAAGCACCUUUGAUGAGGAACUUUAUACAACAAAACUUGAGAGAGGUCCUAAGAUGGAAGCGCUGGAAAAGAAAGCUUCAAGAAUAGCUAGAGAAAUUGAGGGUGAGGAUACCCAAGAUCUUCAUUCAGCAGAGGAGAGAGGCAUUAGCUUUCCUGAAGAUAUCGAGGUGGAUGAAGAGGCUAGAUUUUCUGCCGUCUAUAGGGGUAAGGGGGUUGAUGAUAGUGGGUAUGAAGGACACGGGGAUACAUUGUUGGAUUUACAUAACAACGAAACAUUUGGCGGUUCUGAUUCUUUCAUUACGGGGUCCACUGAUUUGACUAUUGGGGGAAGCGGCAAUGGAGCUCAGAUGUCUUCAAGCUCUUCCUCUAAGGAUCAAGCACAGUUUUCACAAUCAAGUACUGGCUUGGAUUUAUGUCGCUCUAGUUCCAAUGAUCAUGCUAAACAACUUGCAUCUGAGCAACCUUUUAAGAACUUUCCCAUUUCAGAUGGCGAAAACAGGAACCAGGAAAAUGCAUUCGGUGAACAGCUUGGAGGCAAUAAUAAUGCCCAUGAGUUGACAGAGAAGAUGACACUAGCUGAGGAUGCUCAAUUAACAAAAGCUGAGGAUUCACAGCCACAGCUGGAUGUGAAGAAAGAAGUUACUGAUAUAGGGGGAUUAUCCCGUUCUGUCACUUAUGCUUCAUCAUCUGGUGUUCAAGCGAAUGAUCAGGAAAAGACAAAUUUUCCUGGUGAGCAGCCUGAGGUUGUGCGAUCUGGAAAAGUGCAUGGAGAAACACAAUCUCUAAUCUCUCGUGGACAAUCUGGUACUUCUACGUCGUCCAGUUCAGAUAGUGUAGGUGGGGCCCCAGCUAUAAGUGGACUUGGUUUAUCACCAAGUUCGUCAGUGGGCUCAUUAUCUUCUGAAAAGUCAACCCUAAAUCCCCAUGCUAAGGAAUUCAAACUCAAUCCUCAUGCAAAGAGUUUCAUCCCAUCUCAGAUGCCUGUUAGGCCUCAGUCCCCUGUUUCUGAUGGUUCAUUAUAUUUCCCACCAAAUGUGUCUGCUGUACCACAUAUGCCUGGCAUGCCUAUGGGCGUUGGAAUUGGAGCUCAUAUUUUAAAAAAUAUGCCAGGACAGAUUGGACACUCAUUUCAUGGGCACCAGCCUGUCAUGUAUAACCCACAGGUUGCACCAAUGCAAUCGCCACCAUCAUAUUUUCCUGCUAAUGGCCCUCAGUAUGGGCCACAGAUGCUUCUUGGCCACCAUAGGCAAGUUUUAUACAUGCAAGGCUACCAACCUGAAAUGCCUUACAAAGGGCGAGAUUUUUAGGACGUUGGCUGAACAUGGACAGAGCCGGUUGGGAGUUGAGAGAAGUUGAUUCCUCAUCUAUGGUGUCAUAUCUCAACAGUGCUUAAAUUUUGGUCAAGAUGUGCAUCUCCAAAUCUUUUGUAUUUCUACAUACAUCAUUAUGGAUAAUAAAUGAUGGCUUAGGCUCACCUAUGUUUUAAUGGUACUCAAUAUUUUUUU